AUGGCUCCGCAAGCCCAGUCUCCCGCGAUGAAGACAGAGCCAGUUGAUUCGGACGAGAGAUACGAUCCUCCAUCGGUCGGCAAUACGCCAAAGAUCGCACAGCACACUUCCAGCUUCUCGCUCCCGGUCCGGACGUCGCGCCCACUCCCUUACGCGCCACCGCAACAACACUACAACCCCAUUCCCUCUGCGUCGGCAGCGUCGCACGGCCCGGUCGGCUCCACGUCGUGGCUCCAGGCAGAGCUGGCCAAAGCGACGGCGGCGGCCACAGCGCCAACCCCAGCGCCAGCACCCAAACCAGUCGCUUACGACCCGGCCUCCACCGCCGCGCCCGAGCAAUACGAUCCAACUAGGCCAGCGAUGACAUUUGGAACCUUCAGUCUGGCUCACCGACCGGCACCCGCCUCGAACCAAGAAGUAUCUCAGGCGACGCCAUCCUCCUCGUUCUUGUCUGCGCCUACUCAGCGUGCCACCACCAAGCGCGUGGAAAGCGAGACCGGCUUCGGGGACACGAUCGAAGCGCCAACAGUCUGCUGGGAUCAAUAUCGCAGCCUCCCGCAGCAACACAUGCUGGCCUGUGGGCACAUGACAACUACCACCCAUCCCAGGCAGUGCGGAUCGUCGUGCAAGCUCUCUGCCAAAGCAAUCACCGAAGCGUACGGAGCACCGAUCGGUUGUUACGCCUGCUCGCGUCCCAAGCGCAACGCUGCGUCUCGAGUUACAACUUCGUAUCGAGGCCCUUUCCUUCCCCAUGCACAGAGGAAGGUCAACAAGGGAAAGGCACCAGCGAGGAAGGACAGCUUGUUCAUUCCUGAAGGUGAAGGCCGGGCCAGUGAGAAGCGCAUGGCACUUCCAAGCGAGCGAUUCGGCUCAUCCGCCCGCGUACAAAAAGCGCCACGCAAACCCAAGAAGUUCGACCGCGACGAGGAUCUCCGACAGCUCAACAAACUCAUCGAGGCUGAUCCUGCCCUAAUGAAGCUGGUCGCGAGCGAGGCCGGUAGACACAUGAGGACCCGUUCAAAGAUCCAUGCCGGGUACGCAUACCAAGACGAGCUCGAGGCUGCAGCCUUGCUGUCGCGUCUGCCCAAAGAGGUUCAGCGGCUGAAGACCGAUGGCACGGACGCUUUGAAGUUCGGACUCCGGCCAAAGCAGAACUUCUUGGGCGGCUCUGUGGAGGACGGUCCGGAUCAUCGUAGGCUGGAGGUCGGCAAGAGCGAUCUGAAGCCGUGGUCGUAUGGCAAGUCGACGACGCGCAAGAAGCACUCAGCCAUGUCAAGCAUGCCAGCCGGUGACUACGAGCGCAUGUUGGCAGAAGAGGAUGGCGUUACUGUUUCGGAGGGCCUCGACAACGAGCAGCAGCUCCCUCGAGCUCGCGAAGACUACGGCGAUGGCGAUCAGGACGAUGAGUUCGACGGCAACAAUGCGCGCGGCAUUCAAGCUGAUGGCACCUACUUCGAGGAGGAACGCCACUGCGCUACUUGCGAACUCGAGACGGGAGAAGGACUCGAGCAGUGCGCCGACUGCGAAAAGUGGCUUCACCCAUCCUGCCACGGCGAGACAAACUUUGAGAGGUGCUCUGCUUGCACAAGCCGCCGUGGUGCUUAUGAGAAUUUCGCGGACGGAAUCUUCGUCAAGCCCACGCAGGCUAGGAAGUCCACGAAGCUUAGGACGGAGGCUGACAUUCGGGCAUUCAAUGCUCGGCGUCGGGCGGAGAGGAAGGAAGCGAUAGAGCGCCUGCAGCACGAGGUGGCGCUGAGCAAGUCCGGCGGAGAAGUGCUCGACAAGAUGGACGUAGACGUCACCAACCAGUCUGCAGAGGCGGCCAAAGGAGCUGGGUCGAAGACGAAGGCAGAGUGGAAGCAAGAUAUGCAGCAGCGGAGCCGCGAGCUGCUGUCGACUGUGAACAUACAGGAACAGAAGGCUGGAGGCGGAAGCGGAAGCGGCUUGGUGCACAAUGACAGUGCAGCCAAAGCUGGGUCCGAGGAUGUGGAGAUGGGCUUGUAA